AUGUCAGAUGCACCCAGACCGAAAGCCACCAUCUACGUCGGAGGCCUGACCUCCGCCGUCGACAGCCAUACUUUGCACAACGCCUUCAUUCCCUUUGGUCCCAUUGUCAACAUUUCCCUGCCCAAGCCAGAAUUACCAUCAAAUCCUGAACCUCAUCGCGGCUUUGGAUAUGUCGAAUUCGAAAGCCCUCAGGAUGCCCAAGAAUCAAUCGAUAACAUGGACCAAAGCGAACUUUUUGGACGUGUCAUCAAGGUCAAUCUAGCCAAGGAACAGAAAGCUGAGGGAGAAGGCCUGGGAAGCAAGACUGCUAUCUGGGAGCAAGUGAGUGUUCUGACUGACUUCUUUUGGCGACAAGAUACUGACGGUUCUGUAGNNGAAGGAUAUCUCGCAAAGCAUGCAGUCAGCGAUGAGGACCGCAUGGCUGCACGAGGAGAUGAAGAUGGUCACGAUGGCCCCGCGGAUCCCAUGCAAGGCCUGGAGGGUCUCGACGUUGCUGGUCCCCAACAAGCCUAA